AUGCCGCCGGCCCAGGCUGCGAUCGGGAGCGUCACCGUUGGCUUCAGCUUGGCCUCCUUCCAGACCUCCUUAAUCAGCGCCCAGGACAACCGCCUUCCACCAACGACUUCGCAUAGCAGCCCACAGCCGGCGGCGAGGGGUGGGAAGACGGCCGCCAACGUGAAGAUAGCGAAGAACACCAAGACAAAGAAGUCAGCGCUCAGCCACUCGUCGCGAUACAUGAAGCCCGGGUGGGUAAGGAGCCAGGGAUUGGAACAGAGCUGCUCUGUCGAGCAUGGCGAGUUCCCCGGCGCCUCGGCCAGAAAGGACGGGGCACAAUCCAACCCACUGCACAAAAGCCAACGUGUUGAACACCCACGACAGCGUCCUGGGCCGGCGGCUGUUGGUGAAGGCACACGAAUAGGGGUGGUACUGCACGAGAAUGGCGUACUUCCAUGGCACAAUCCAGCCGAUGGAGCUGGGCGCCGCCGUGUAUGCCGGGCUGGCGGCGAAGCGCGCAAACGAUGCCCACCACCAGACAAACGAGCACAAACUGUAGCCGUGGAGAAUCCAGUCGUACCACGCUACCUCCCGAAGCGCCUUGCAGGCCGUUUCGACCUUGUUCUUUUUGCGAAGCUGAAGCAACUUGGCCCCGUUGCGUUGCCUAAAGUCCCACAGCACAGCGGCGAGCGUAAUGGCCACGGCACACCAGACGGUGAGCGGCGUGACCGCAAAGGCCGAGUUGCGCGGCGUCGAGGGCACUAUCUUGAAGCUAUCCCUGAGGCAACUCACUGCUUGGCACCAGUCGUAGGUAACUGGGUCGCCGCCAGGCUUAGACGUCCGAUUCUCGCUGACAACAUAUGGACUGAUCACGACACUGAUUCCAUGGUCUGUGAACUCAUGCCAAUUGCCCCGGCGCGGCGUCUUGGCCUGGCAUUCUUCAAAGCGGCUGUUUUUGUAGAGCGCGAAGUCGAGGCUGGCCGGGCUGAAGUCAGCCUUGCUUCCUUCGACCAGGAACUUGGCCGUGAAGCCAAUUGCGACGCCAAUAAAGGCGAGAAAGGACAAAAGACCAAGCCAUGUGGCGAUUUCGAUGAGAUAUCUGCCUCUGGGGCUCCCGCUAAACUCUCGAUGAAACUUGGGGAAUCUGCAUUCAAGCGCAUUAUUAUUAUUCCCUCCGAGGGAGAUUAG